CAUUAUUUUUAGGAGUUUACAAUUUUAAUUGAGCACAAAGUAUAUAAAAAAAUGAUAAUGAACAACAAUAUAUUCGAAUAUUCAUCUACAAGUUAUUGUCAUACUCAUAUUUUCGCUCCCAACGCCCAACCAAUCAACCUGAUAAAUAUAUCUUCAUUUUCAUAUGUUCAAAUUUAUAAGCCUCCUUUAUCAAACAAAAAAUCAACUACCCUAGGGAAAAAAUGAUCUAUUCCUGAUUAUAUCUCUUUGCCGCCGGUCAGCGGGACCCAAACCGUUAGGCCGGCGCCGGUGGAGGGACCGGCCAUUUUCCAAAUUUCAAUUGUUUUUCAUUUUUGUUUUUUCCGUUUUCCCAGCCAGGUGGUUUACAAAGUGGCACGUGCUCCAAAUCACAGCCCCACUAGACCACAACAUAAAUUAAAAAAAAUAUUAAAAAUGAUGUGUCAGCAGGAGCCAGCUGGCUAUGAAUCGAGUCAACCCUCUUCCACCCGACCCGUAAAACGGACGUACGGUCAGGAUCAUUGAAUGAACACUGUACUAUCUCCAACUCGUACGGCCCAGAUCAAAGGAACUCGACAGCUAAGCUUUUCUGUCUCCCCAUUUUUUUACUGCUUCUUUUAUCUCUGGUUUUUACCGCUUGACUGUUGGGCCGGGUGAAAGCAGGCCCUACCCAAAAUGGUCCUCGAUGUGAAAAAAAAAGGUCGUGGGAAAUAAUUGGGUGGUGGGCUGGCAAUGGGCCAAAGUGGACAGAGGGCGGCAGGAAAAAAAGGAAUAAAAAGAGAGGCCAGCUGGAAUUAGCGGGACACAGCUGGCAACGUACGAAAUCCCUCAAAUACGCAGGGUCCUGUCGCCGUUUCCAUCGCCACAUUUCCCCUUUUGUUUACUUUUCCCCAACAACCACACACACAAAAAAAAAUUAUUAAAUAGGGCGCAUAGGCGAAUGUUACGCGACGAACAUGCAGAUGACUCGACGAGAACCAUUACAAAUACGUUUAACGCAACUGUCUUGACAAAUGGAAUCGUGCAAUCUUAUAUAUUGAAACAAUGCUACGCAUAGAUGAAGGCUACGAGGCGAGCAUGCAGAUGUCCAUACGAGAAUCAUCGUGCAGGCAUUCGACGAAGCAAGUUACAUACUUUGAGUCCGAUGAUAUUUGAUACGUAGGCAUUUUCAACAAACCCUCCGUAGUCUUUCACAAUGCAAACGAUUCAAAUUUGUGAUCAAGAGCAAAAAAUAAGCAUUCGAACGAGUAAAGAUCUCGCGAUAGCCGUUGUAAUGUACUUUGAUAUCAGCUCAAAUCGUCUUAUAAACACUCCAUCCCGUGACCCAUUCACCAGACUGAAACGAAACAUUCGAGGUUCGAUUUGUCGAAGAAGAUUGGAGUUAUGUUGUGUGAAGUAGUAAUGAAGAAGAGGGUGUGGGAAUGUGCGAUGCAGCUGUCUGUCUUCGUCCCUUUGUGUGGCCUUUUCCUCUCCAUUAUUUCAUCCACUUCUUCUAAUUAAGGGAUACCGCAGCCACAAAUGCCCUCCCCAAGUACCCUUUUCUAGGGCUGCUCAGCCCCAUUCCAAUUUUUUUUAAGGACUACUACUCUCUCUCCAUCUCUGUUUUGUUUAUCAAUUUGGAGGAAGAAUACAGACCAUAGAUUCUAAAACCAAUGCGGAAACCCGGCUGGCCACUGUCCACGAGUACCCUUCUUUCCUUCUGGUACUUCCUCUCUCUACCGUGUCUAUAGUUUCCCAUUUCCGCCCCUAGGGUUACUUAUUUACUUAGUUUCAUUUUCAGUAAAUGGUGCUUUAAUUGAGUGAAUUUACAUUCCAGUAGAUGUUUUAUUUUUUAUAUUAUUAAUGUAAGUGUGAAAUAGAGGCGGUAAAUCCUAAAGAAGCCUCUGACUGACCAUCGAUAAUUUAAGAGAACGGGGUGAGAUAGAAUGACAAUCACUAAAAGAGUUGGAUAAAUGACACCCUCUAUUAAUUAUAGGCUUUUAAGGUAAUUGAUUUGUGUUGCAUUUAAUAAUCUGUCUGUAUUAAAAACUCAUGUUAAUUACUUACAUUUUCUCAGUGCAAUGGUAGUUCUACCUAGGGGUGGGCAACGAUUCGAUUCACAUCGGACCGAAUCGACUCUCAUACCGAAUCAGAUCGAACUGUUUAUCUUUCGAUUCGAUUUUGGUUCCUGAAUUUGGGACAUUUUUUCGGUUUUGGUUCGGUCCAGACCGAAAUCGUAUAGGUGCAAUGAUAGUUGUCCAGUACAAUGAUAUCAGUGUACAUGUGCAAUGGUAGUUUGAAAAAAAAAGGAAUGCAAUUAAUAUGAGUUCAGUGUACAUGUGCAAUGAUAGUUGCAUCAGUGUAAAUGUAUAAUGGUAGUUAAAAAAAAUGGAUGUAAUUAAUAUGGAUUUUUAAUUUCCAAAGAUUAUUAAAUGCAACAUGAAUUUAAUACAAUAAUUAACUAUAAUUAAUAGAGGGUGUCAUUUUUCCAACCCCAUAGAAGAAUUAGCAAGCUAACCGGUCCCAUCAGGAACACAAACAUUACGAAAAUUUAAUGUACGAAAAGAAAAUGUCUGAGUGAUUACCGAAAGCAAAUUAUCUUAUUCUAUCAUAAAAACUAUUUUUAUAAACCAUCAUAUAAUUUUCAUGUCUACAUACGUUAUGAUGAGAACUUAACAUUUUUGUUUGGAUGGAUCAUUUUCUAGUGGUAUAGAUAAAAAUAAACAACAAUUUAUGCAUAGUCUAAUGUGCAAUCAUUCUUGCAAAACGGUAAAAGGGUACAUUUGCAGAUUUAUACCCUAAUUAAGAAAUGCACAGCAACUACAACUUUGGUCAAUUUUAGCCAUAGAUGGAGAUUAUUAUUUCGAGUGGCUGUAGCUAGCGUAGGCAAAAUUCACGUACCCUAGAGAUACUAUAGAAUCCAAGCUUCUCAAAAACCCUACUCCCCAUCAUAAAACGAAUAAUCUUAAUGGUCUGGAAUCUAAUAAUUAAUGACCACGUUAAAUUUUGGAAUGUUAUGUGUCACUGUUGUCUGUAAUUAAAGCACCUGUAAAUGACAUGAUUAACCCAUGUGUACAAAAUCAGAAAGGUUGAUUUGUUGAAGUUGGAGUAAUAGUUAUAGAAGUGACAAAUGGCUUUCUGGAGAGAAAAACUGAAUUUUCAUUUGAUUAUUUAUCCCUAGUUAUCUUUUGUACCUAUAUAGUGUUUGCAAAGUGGAGAAGUGUUGAAAGAAGAGCAAGUUAUCGAAAGAGGGUGUAUUUGUAGAUAUUACUAUAUAGUGUUUGCAAAGAGAGUGUUAAUAUUGAUAUAAUUAUCAAGAUAUCGUUGAAUAUUCUCGUAUUGAAAGAUGAGCAAGUUCUCAUUUAUAAGAAGAGCAAACAUGUGAGUGAUUUUUAUUUAUUUUCACGAUAAUCAGAGAUUAAAUUUAUACUGUUAACUUUUGGUGAACAUAAUUACGAUCUUACAUCAAUAUCUUAAAAUAUAGUCAAACAUACAUGCAAUGCUUGUAAUGUAUUUGGGAAUUAGAAAUAUUUGUAAGAACUCUUUGCCCUCCUCUCCCCUUAUCCGGCUCUUUGGUUAUCAAGGUUCAAAUUCAUAAGCUUCGAUUAUUUUACUUUUUACUCAACUUUUUAAUGAUGCACUUGUCGAACUUUAAACCGGUUUUCGAAUAAUCAAGUCAAUACGAUGUAUGUUUUUGGUGAUGGAAAAACAUAGUAUUCGAUAGGUCUAUCAAUUGAUUGGAUUUUGGUUUACAGGAGCCCAUAUUCUAAUCAUAGUGGUAAUUAAGUGUGUUUUAAUAUGCUUAAAUUGCAAAAUACUAUUGUGUGAUAAACUAAUUUUUGUUUGUGUUUGAAUAUAAAUAAAUUAAUAAAAGCUACUAGAUAUAUAUCAAAUGCCAAUUUCAAUGUUAUUUUUACAAUUUACACAUCACAAGUCCUUUCUAACCAAAAACAAAAGUAUAUAAUUAUAUAUAUACCACCACGUAAAUGUCAAAGGACAAAUAAUUUUGUGCAGGAAAAUAAUAUACCGAUAACUGAAAAUCAGUCUUAAAAAGCCAAAAAGGGCUAAUGCCUUUUGCCUGCCCAACGAAACAAAGCAUGCUGAUAGGCACUAUCAUAGUACAUGAUUGACCAGAGGAAAUUAGAGAUUCCUUUUAGUUAUAUAUUCUCCAUUUGCUAACGGUUUCAAUUUAACUAAGAAGUGAAAACUAAACCAAUCAACUCUUGGGGGUUGGCAGAGAAAUAAUAGAAUUAUAGGCUAGUGUUACUAUGUAGGGUAUUUUAAUGAGUUGAGCUGGCUUGAUAUUCAGUUCGAUAAAAAUCUAUUCGAUUAAGAGAAAAAUCGACUCGUUUAAUAACAAGUCAAAUUUGAGUUAAGUCUUGAGUAGUUCGUGAACCAGCUCGACUAAGUGGUUUGUUGAGCUAAACUCACGAGCUCUCUCGUUUUAAGUUCAUGAGAUGCAUCAACGUUGUGAUUAGUGAGCAAACUCGACUACCGGGUUACGCGGAAAUCAAUCUAUAUCUUAUGAGUUGGCUUGUUGAUAAUUCAUAGAUUAAUUGAAUUGUAUAUCUCACAUGUUUAAGAUUUUGAGUAUGUGGGCACAUAUGUCUCAUAUAUGACACGAGACCAGUCAAUCACAUGUAUCAUAUAUGACAUAUAAAUAUUAUGAUAUAAUUUGUAAAUGAUCAGAUUGAGUUCGAGCCAACUUACUGAUGAGUCAUGUAGGUUUGAAGAAAAGAGUCGGCUCGAGCUCGACUCAGCUCGUUUAUAAAUGAGCUUAUUAACAAGUCAAACCUAAACAAGGCAAAUCUCGAGCUCGACUCAGCUCGUUUAUAAACAAUCAAUUUUCGUAACAAGUGCCCACUAAAAUUUGACGAGAUUUAAAAAAAUAAUGUAAUCCAGAUUAAAAGAAGCACAUUUCACGGAUCUAUCGAGAAUGCAACUUCAUAUUUCUACACUACUAAGCAAGUCACAAUCCAAAGUACCAUCUUUCUUUUCCUUUCUUUUUAAAAUUGCCAAUGCUCCCUCCCCCAAUUCGGAAAAAGGUCAUAAUCAAAAGAAGAGUCAAAACAAUCAACAGCAUCAAAUCUCAAUCAAAACCAAGAGGGGCAGUUUGGUAAACAGCACCGUAGAAAAAAAGUGAUACCUAAAUUAAAAGCAAAAAAGAACACAAGUCAAAAUUCGCCAUAAACCCCCAAAGAUCUUCCAAUCAAAACGGUAAAAAAACAAAACUAAAAUAAUUUCAAUUAUAAGUGACUCUAAUUAAAAUCCAUACCUCGUCAUUUUUCUUACAUCACGCUCAGGGGCAAAUCUGUCAUUCUCUCACCCUUUAUAACUCUCUCUCACCCCGUCCCACCCUCUCCUUUUUAUUUCUCUCUCUCUCUUCCUCCCUUCACUUUCAUUUCUCCCCUCUCUGCUUGAAACGACGAGAAGGAAUAUAAAAAAAAGAACAAAAAAAUUGAACCCCUCUCUCUUUCAGACCUUUUAUCGAACAGGUCAUCUGCAAGCCGAAGCCCGGGGGGAGAGUAAAGGAGUUUCCCGGCGGCGAUUUGUUCUGUUUUCUUCUUCCGCCCUCUCCCAGCGGGGAAGAGGCCUGGAAUUCGCGUACGGGCGGGUUUUCUGCUGGUUGGCUUCUGCUCAUUGAGCCGGCCUGGGUAAUAGGAUACAGAGGAAGGAGGCAGUGGGCCGGGAUUUGGUUCUUUCCGCGAUGUGACGAAUUUGUUGCUCUGAGAUUGGGGGGGUUUUCGAUUUUAUUUUGCGAAGAUGGGCAAGUUGGCGGUGGGAGUAGCGGUUGGGGUGGCGGUGGCGACUUGUGCGGUGGCCGGGGUGGUGGUGGGGAGGAGAUUGAGGAGUCGAAGGAAGUGGAGGAGAGUGGUGGGAGUGUUGAGGGAGUUGGAAGAGUCGUGCGAGACGCCGGUGGGGAGGCUGAAGCAGGUGGUGGAUGCUAUGGCCGUGGAGAUGCAUGCUGGAUUGGCUUCCGAAGGAGGGUCCAAGCUGAAAAUGUUGCUCACUUUCGUUGACCGUUUGCCUACUGGGAGUGAAAUAGGAACUUAUUAUGCUCUAGAUCUUGGCGGUACUAAUUUUAGGGUAUUGCGGGUUCAGCUAGGAGGUACAAGGUCCUCGAUAUUGUCGAAAGAUGUAAAAAGGCAGCGCAUUCCUCAGCACUUGAUGACCAGCACAAGUGAGGACCUCUUCGAUUUCAUUACAUCAAAACUGAAACAGUUUGUUGAACAAGAAGAAACUGUAUCUGAAGCUGCUCAAUCUAGGACCAGGGAGCUAGGGUUCACAUUCUCUUUUCCAGUUAAACAGAUUUCUAUUCGUUCUGGCUUCCUGAUACGGUGGACCAAAGGGUUUGCUAUUGAAGAUAUGAUUGGAUGCGAAAUUAUUGAACGUUUACAAGCAGCAUUGAUGAAGAAAGGUUUAGAUAUGUGUGCGACUGUAUUGGUGAAUGAUACUGUUGGAAUCUUAGCCCUUGGACACUAUUAUGAUGCAGACACUGUCGCUGCUGUUAAAAUUGGAACAGGCACCAAUGCCUGUUACAUGGAGAGGGCAGAUGCAAUCAUCAAAUGCCAAGGACUCCUUACAUCUUCCGGAGCCAUGGUGGUCAACAUGGAAUGGGGAAAUUUCUGGUCAUCUCAUUUGCCGAGAACAACUUACGAUAUUGAAAUGGAUAUGGAGAGCCCCAAUCCAAAUGACCAGGGUUUCGAGAAAAUGAUAUCUGGAAUGUAUCUCGGUGAUAUCUUCAGAAGAGUACUCCUCAGAAUGUGCAAGGAAUCUGAUGUCUUUGGACCUGUCUCAUCGAAAUUAUUGAUACCUUUCGUGCUGGAAAUGCCUCUCAUGGCGGCAAUGCAUGAAGAUGACACUCCUGACCUGAAGGUAGUAGCUGCCAUCCUAAGAGAAAAGCUAGAGAUCCAGGACGUUCCUCUAAAGGCACGGAGGCUGGUCGUCAAAGUGUGUGAUGUGGUGACGAGGAGAGCUGCAAGAUUGGCAGCUGCCGGCAUUGUGGGAAUACUAAAGAAAAUUGGCCGGGAUGGAACCGGAGGGAUAACUGGCAGCAGAAGUAGAAGCGACGCGAAGAUGAGAAGAACGGUAGUAGCAGUAGAAGGAAGCCUGUACACGAGCUACAUGAUGUUCAGAGAAUACUUGCACGAGGCAUUGAAUGAAAUACUGGGCGAAGAUGUGGCGCAACACGUCGUGCUCAGAACGACGGAGGAUGGAUCGUGCGUCGGGGCAGCUCUCCUUGCCGCGUUACAUUCUUCUUCUUCGUCAUCGUCGGAGGGCCUGCAUCGUCGACGAUAGUGUGGAACUGUGGAUAGCUUGGGUAAGGGUACAGUUGCUAUAAAUAUAUAUAUCAUUCAUAUAAUCAUAUAUAUAUUUAUACGUAUAGCAAUCAAUCAGUCAGUCAGUCAGUCAGGGUAUAGCUGCCUUUCCUCCCCCUUGUAAAUGUAGAAAAUUAUUUUGGGAAUCCCUUUUGGUGGUUAUAUAAAUAUAAGAAAGAAGAUGAAGAAGAAAAAAAAAGGUUGGUCUCCAGAAACUCUCGUCUGUUGUCUCUCUUUUUCUCCAUCCCUCUGUCCCUCCAUGUUCACCUUCUGUAAAUUUGGUUUUGGCACUCAGGUCAAAGAAAAGAAAAGAAAAAAA